UGACAAUGUUUUUGUCACCGCGAAUAUUUUUGAAGUAAAUGUGUAUUUAUAAAUGUUUAUAUCCGUUGACAAAUUUAUAUUAAUUAGCUUAUUGAUUAAUGUUAAUGUAACUAUUAUUAACGGUGUGAUGUGCUUGAAUUGUUCAUCUACCCACCGCAGUUGGACGCGCUGCGGGGUCACUAUAGACAACGCCCUCGACUCUACUAAGACGAUCUAUAAAGAUGUAGUGAAUUGUACUGAAGAGAAUGCAUUGUGUUUCAUACGUUCGUGGAGAGCAAGAGCGAAACAUGCAUGGAUCGUACAAAGAGGCUGCUACGAGCUUACUGCACAAGAUACGCCGCCCGUAAGUCUAUCUGAAGCAAGAACAAUGUCGUGCAAACGGCAAAGACUACCUGACGCGGAGUACAAAUUAUGUUUCUGCCAAGGAGAUCAAUGUAAUCGGAGUUAUGAACUUCGUUAUGAACGAGUACAGCUUUUUGUGCUGUUAUUGCUUUAUUUAUUUUUAAACUUUGAUGUGUAAACUGUAAUUAAAAUGGACAAAGGUUGUAUUUGUUCUUGUGGCGUCAAUUGUUCGAUUCGUUUGGACGGUGUGUUUAGCAAUAAACAUUGACUUUAUCGGCUUA